AUGUAUUGCAGAGCAAAACCAUCCAGAGAGGAGAAUCACAAACCUAAAAAAUGCCACCGGAAUACGCCGUCGUUUUCCUCCACACUCCUCGACGAAAUCUACCGCUCAAUCGACGGCGGCGGAAAUGCUGAAAAAGCCGGCGCAGAAAUAAAUCCUGGCUCCCACAGAGAAAAACCAGCCACUGGUUUAAGGUCCAACAAUGGCGGCAGAAGAAGCAGCACCGGAAAUCACCACGAACAAACAGCAGCAGCGAGAUUUUCAAGGGGUUGUUUGGCUCGAAACAACGACAAAGAUCUCUCAUUUGACUCCACAGCAAAAUCCGAGGUUUCCAAUCAAAAUGAAGCAGCCGAUUUCACCCGGGAAGAGGCUAACGAAUUCAUCAACUCACUCUUCACCAAUUUGAAUUCUAAUAAUAAAAAAACCAAAAAACAAGAUCCGAAGCAGCAGUCUUCAAAGGUGACGUCAUCGUCUACGCCGUCGUCGUCGACUACUUCUCCUUCGUCGCGGUUGAGCAAGCAUUCAUCAUCAAUUAUGAGAAAUAAUGAAAUUGGGAUUAAUCAACCGACGGUCAGAUUUCAUCCCGUUGGUCGUCCCGUUUCGGAGGAUCAAGAUUCGCCGUGUCGGCCCAAGAGUAUCGUAUACGAUAAUGAUCGAAAAUUAUACGGAAGGCCACCUUUGCCGCCAAAUGCAUUGGCUAGAAAUCGGAAUAUUAAUCAAAGGAGGAGUGAUUUUUCCAUGUUCGAAGAAAUUGACGACGAAGAUGGAGUUAGUGAUUCGAGUUCCGAUUUAUUCGAGCUGGAUCAUUUGGUUUUGUUUGGGAAUACUAAUAUUUUUUGUCAAGAACUUCCGGUUUAUGAAACUACUUAUUUUGACAAUAAUCGUGCUGUUGCUGCUGGUUUGUUUUGUAAUUAG